AAUGUUAAUGCAGCCGAUUGUAUUCUUAUAACCAGUGCCACAUUGUUUCCUCAUCUGUUGUACUUCAACAUGCUUCUUCUCCUAAUACUUCUCGGACAUCUGUUCACCCUACACAUUCCUACAUGCUCUGCUGCCAUCGACUCCAUUUCACCUGGGCAAGGAUUUGUUUGCGGGGACAAGCUUGUCUCCCAGGAUGCCAAGUUCGCUCUUGGCUUCUUCCAAACAGGCAAUACUUUCCUCCCAGGUGCAAAGAUUGGCCGAGACAAGACCACCGGUUUGACUCGUCGUCUUGUUUCCAGAAAAAACUCAAUUGACCCAGCUCAUGGUCUAUACUAUUAUGAGUUAGAACCUAACCGGCUGAUCCUUGCUGUUUUGGGCUCAUCCGUAGUAUACUGGUCUAGUGGGGAAUGGAAUGGACAAUAUUUUAGCUCGAUACCAGAGAUGUUGAGCCGCAGCUUGAUAGACUUCGAAUUUGUCAACAAUAAACACGAAGAGUACUUCACAUACACCUUACUGAAUGACACGAUGAUCAUGCAUCAUCUCCUUGAUGUCUCUGGUCAAAUGAAGACUUUAAUCUGGAAUGAGGCCUCACAGGAUUGGAUAGGUUCCUACGCCAACCCCAAAGCUCAGUGUGAUGUCUAUGCUCUGUGUGGACCAUUCACUGUGUGCAAUGACAACCCAGCUCUAUAUUGCAGCUGUAUGAAGGGUUUCUCCAUAAGAUCACAAGAGGACUGGGAGCUAAACGAUAGAAGCGGUGGAUGUGUGAGAAAUAUUCCUUUGAAUUGUGGCAGUAACAGGAGUACUGCAGGAAUGACUGAUGAAUUCUACUCCAUGUCCACUGUUCAAUUGCCUCAGAAUGCCCACAACAUAGGUCCUACUACUAGUGCUGGAGAAUGUGCAGAAGUUUGCCUAAGAAAUUGCUCUUGCACUGCAUAUUCUUACACUGAUAGCAGAUGCUCCAUUUGGCAAGAGGAACUCCUCAACGUAAAACACCAGCAUGCUGAAAAUACUGAUACAAAUGGUGGAGUUCUUUAUCUUCGCCUAGCUGCAAAAGAGAUGCAAACUCAGAAACAUGACAGAAGAGUGAUCAUUGGGGUUGCAACAGCUGCCAUUGUUACUGCAUUGAGUUUGCUGGCACUCAUAUUGCUACUAUUUUGGUUACUGUUGGUUUGGAGAAACAAUAAGUGGUGGUAUGGUGGGACAUUUAAAAACCUUCAAGAUUCUGGUGGAAUUAUUGCAUUUAGAUACAUCGAUUUGCAGCGUGCAACAAGAAACUUCUCAGAGAAGCUAGGUGCUGGCGGCUUUGGUUCCGUGUUCAAGGGAUAUCUAAGUGACUCAGCUACAAUAGCAGUGAAAAGGCUUGAUGGUGCUUGUCAAGGAGAAAAACAAUUCAGGGCUGAGGUGAGUUCCAUUGGAAUUAUACAACAUAUCAACUUAGUUAGACUGGUCGGUUUUUGUUGUGAGGGUGAACGGAGGUUGCUUGCGUAUGAGCACAUGCCAAACCGUUCUCUUGAUAUCCACCUAUUUCAGAGCAACAACACGGUUUUAAACUGGAGUACCAGGUAUAAAAUAGCUCUGGGAGUUGCUAGAGGACUGGCCUACUUGCAUGAGAGUUGCCAAGACUUGAUCAUACACUGUGAUAUCAAGCCACAAAACAUACUUCUCGAUGCAUCAUUUGUUGCUAAAAUUGCUGACUUCGGCAUGGCCAAGUUGAUGGGGAGGGAUUCUAGCCGGGUUCUAACUACAGCAAGAGGAACUGCAGGAUACCUUGCGCCCGAAUGGAUAAGCGGGGUUGCUAUCACAUCAAAAGUGGAUGUUUACAGCUACGGGAUGGUGCUAAUGGAAAUCAUUUCAGGAAGAAGUAACUCACUUGAACAGUUCACUGCAGGAGGUGAUCAUGCUGUUUUCUUCCCUGUGCAUGCCGCACAUACACUUCUCCAGGGAGAUGUGGAAAACUUGGUGGAUGGAAAAUUAUCCGGUGAUGUAAAUCUAGAGCAGGCUGAACGGCUAUGCAAGGUUGCUUGCUGGUGCAUUCAGGAUGAUGAUCUUGAUCGGCCGACGAUGGGCGAAGUUGUUCGUGUCCUAGAGGGUGUGUUCGAUCUUGAAAUUCCCCCGAUGCCAAGGCUACUUCAGGCCAUUACAAGGAGGGCACACCCGGCAUCAACCUAUCUGCCCAACGAAUUGGAACAGUGAAGAUGUAGCGUGAUGUAUGUAUUGUCAGCAUCUACCUAUAGGCUAUAGGAAGACAAUAAGAGAGACCGAGCUCAGUAAGAAGAGUGUCAUCCUAGUUGUGUAAUUUAAGCUCUACCUUGUACCAACACCAGGUGCGUAAAUGGUUAUGCAUUUCUAUGAGAACCUUGUGCUCUUUUGUUUUGUUUUCUGUUAUGGCUGGUGCAACAAAGUGGUUUCGUCCAUUCAUUUUGAGCCGCUUGGAUUGUUGUAUUUUUAGUGGGAGGGCUGGUAUUUAAAUAAAGUUCAACUUUCCUUGUUC